CGCACGCGUGUGUUGGGGGGGGCGCACAGGAUGAAUCAGGAGUGUCUUCCGAAGAAGGGUUGCCUGGGAGACCAGCCUGGACCCCUCCAAACGUGCCUGUUCUCCCUCCUUUCCUCCUCCUCCUCCUCGAUUUUAAAGGUGCAUCAGUAAUGGAUCCAAAACUAUUUCAGGAAAAGCACUUUUUAGUCGGCGGGUGAAGCCUCCCAUACCUGCAGCUCUGCUGUGUUUUCAUAAUGCCACAGAUCUGUGCUUCACGCCUGGCACCGUCAACAUCAGAAGAAAAGAAACACUUUUGUGUGUUUGCGUGUGUGUUUGAGGGAGAUAAAGGAAGGAGGGGAAGCAGAGAGAGAAAGAGAUUAUGAAUGCUGAGAUGCAGCGCGCUGAGAGGCACUCAGAGGAACAAUUAAAGUCUGCAAGUGCAUUUGCUCGUCUUGUUUACCUUCUUGAUCUCUUCAUGUCUGAAAACACUGAACGCCAACUUCCUGAAAACCUCGCCAUGAAGUGAUGCCACUCUUCUCUUCAGCCAGCUGAAUGACGUCUCGCAAAGAAAGGGGGCUGAAAACUCGGCGCACACAGUGAAUCCCUCGCUGUGACUCAUUCAUUUUGUAUAAAUGCGACCGGUUGCGGAGACGGAGAAAGAGUCGGGGCUGUAAUUAGCUGAAUUUUCUUAGCUCUCUGCCCGGUGGACGCACAUUGCAGGUCGUACUGGUCGCUUUCUUUGUUUCUUUGUUUCUUUUUUUUUUUUUUUUUGGAGACUGAGGAGAUGCUAUGCACCCCUGGGAGACCGACCGCGCAGCCGACCGAGCCAUUCCUGCGCUCCCUUGGAGUUGGUAUGAGCAAAAAGAAUGUCACCCACUUCUGCGGGUUUUAACAUCUAAGUGUUGAUUUUGAGGGGUAAUUCUUUAAAAAAAAAAUCACUGUAUGUUAUCUGGUAGAACCGCAGCUUCAGGUUGUGAAGAUAUGUCAGUUCUCAGCAGCGGCUUCGUUGUGUCUCCACUCCGCGCGUUGGAUUUAGCAUAAAUGGACAAAAUCAGGCCAAUUAUUCUGCGGCGGGUGUUCACGAUCUGUUAAGAAUAAUUUCUGACUUAUGGAUGGAGCCUUUCGUUUAGAGAGAACUGAAAUACCGUUAGGGGUUUCACCAUUCAACAAGCUGCACCGCUCACUCCCGGCAGCAAAGCGAUGGUUUUCCUGAGCCUUACUGCGUCUUGGUUCUUCAGCCCAGCUUGUUGAAUCUCCUUUCUGGUGACAAGAAAUGGAUUCUUUUUAACAAACUUCUCUGCCUUUCUGGUUCCAUCUUUUCGCGGAUUGCACACUCCAUCUUUCCUAAAACUUGAUCAUGGCUCGUCCCGGUUUGUGCGUGAAGCUGGGCUCCAUUUGGAGAUUGUUAUGGCUCAUGAGGACUGUGAUAGAUUUCGCGUUGCCUCAGGAGACUUAUGCACCCCAUUCAAUACGGACUGAGGGGCACCUGACCCUCGGCGGACUGUUCCCGGUGCACGCCAGAGGGGCCGACGGCACGCCAUGCGGGGACCUCAAAAAGGAGAACGGCAUCCAGCGGCUUGAGGCCAUGAUGUACGCUCUGGACCAAAUAAACCAGGACGAGCAACUCUUACCCAACAUCACCUUAGGCGCCCGGGUGCUGGACACUUGUUCGAGGGAUACGUACGCGUUGGAGCAAUCUUUAACUUUCGUCCAAGCCCUGAUCACGAAGGACACUUCCGACGUUAGGUGCACGAACGGGGAGCCCCCGGUGUUUGUCAAGCCUGAAAAAGUGGUGGGAGUCAUCGGAGCCUCGGCGAGUUCAGUAUCGAUUAUGGUUGCCAACAUCCUACGCCUCUUUCAGAUCCCGCAGAUCAGUUAUGCGUCAACAGCACCGGAGUUGAGUGACGACAGGCGCUACGACUUCUUCUCAAGGGUGGUUCCUCCAGACUCAUUCCAGGCCCAGGCCAUGGUGGACAUUAUCCGGGCCCUGGGCUGGACCUACGUCUCAACUAUUGCCUCAGAGGGCAGCUAUGGAGAGAAGGGAGUGGAGGCCUUCACACAACUCUCCAAAGAAGCAGGUGGGAUCUGCAUCGCCCAGUCUUUAAAAAUUCCCCACAACCCCAAGCUGGAGGAUUAUGACAAAACCAUUCAACAGCUGCUGGAGACGCACCACUCGCGGGCAGUCAUCAUCUUUGCCAGUGAAGAAGACAUACGGGGAGUUCUCAAUGCCACCAAGAGGGCCAAUCAGGUGGGCCAUUUUCUGUGGAUUGGAUCUGACAGCUGGGGUGCCAAGAGCAGUCCAAUCCACCAGCUCGAGGACGUGGCGGUGGGAGCAGUCACUAUACUGCCCAAACGCUCCUCUAUUGAAGGGUUUGAUGAAUACUUCACUGCGCUCACCCUGGAGAACAAUCGCCGGAAUGUGUGGUUUGCUGAGUUUUGGGAGGAAAACUUUGACUGCAGGCUCCUCAGUGCCUCAAAGAGGGAGGAUACGAGCCGUAAAUGCACAGGUCAGGAGCGCAUCGGGAUCGACUCCAAGUAUGAGCAGGAAGGGAAGGUGCAGUUUGUGAUUGACGCAGUGUAUGCCAUGGCCCACGCUCUCCACAACAUGCAGAGGGACUUAUGUCCUGAUCAUCCUGGCGUUUGUCCACAGAUGGAGUCUGCUGAAGGAAAGACUCUGCUCAAGUACAUACGCAACACCAGCUUCAACGGCAGUGCCGGCACCUCUGUUGUGUUUAACAAGAAUGGCGAUGCUCCCGGACGCUAUGACCUGUUCCAGUUCCAGAUGACCAACUCUUCCACCCCAGAGUAUAAGGUGGUAGGACAGUGGGUGGAGACCCUGCAGCUCAGGCUGGAGGAGCUUCAGUGGCCAGAUGGGGAGCAGGAGGUGCCUAUCUCUGUGUGCAGUCUGCCCUGCAAAACUGGGGAGAGGAAGAAGAAGGUAAAGGGCAUGCCGUGCUGCUGGCACUGUGAGCUGUGUGAUGGCUACCAGUACCAGUACGAUGAGACGUCCUGCAGACUGUGUGCCUACAACAUGAGGCCCAACCCCAACAGAACCGCCUGCCAGCCCAUCCCCAUCGUCAAGCUGGAGUGGCACUCACCUUGGGCAAUUAUCCCCGUCUUCCUGGCCAUGCUCGGUAUCAUUGCCACCAUCUUCGUCAUGGCGACCUUCAUACGCUACAAUGACACACCCAUUGUGCGGGCAUCGGGCCGAGAGCUGAGCUACGUGCUGCUAACUGGCAUCUUUCUGUGUUACAUCAUCACCUUCCUCAUGAUUGCCAAGCCUGAUGUAGCUGUGUGUGCCUUCAGAAGGAUCUUCCUGGGCCUGGGCAUGUGCAUCAGCUACGCCGCACUGCUCACCAAGACCAACCGCAUCUAUCGAAUCUUUGAGCAGGGGAAGCAAACGGUUACGGCCCCACGCUUCAUUAGUCCCACUUCCCAGAUCGCCAUCACUUCUAGUCUGAUUUGUGUGCAGCUGCUGGGUGUGCUGGUGUGGUUUGCCGUGGACCCUCCGAACACCAUCGUCGACUACGAUGAGCAGAAAACCAUUAACCCUAUGCUGGCCCGUGGCGUGCUGAAGUGUGACAUCACAGACCUUCAGAUAAUCUGCUCACUGGGCUACAGCAUCCUGUUGAUGGUGACCUGCACCAUUUACGCUAUCAAGACAAGGGAUGUACCAGAAGACUUCAAUGAAGCCAAGCCCAUUGGCUUCACUAUGUACACCACUUGCAUAGUCUGGCUGGCCUUCAUCCCGAUUUUCUUUGGCACAGCCCAGUCGGCAGAGAAGUUGUACAUUCAGACAACCACCCUGACCAUCUCCAUGAACCUCAGUGCCUCAGUAGCACUGGGCAUGCUCUACAUGCCCAAGGUGUACAUCAUUAUCUUCCACCCUGAGCUGAACGUACAGAAGAGGAAGCGUAGCUUCAAGGCUGUGGUCACAGCUGCCACAAUGUCAUCCCGUCUGUCCCAGAAGCCCAAUGAGAGGCCCAACGGAGAGGCUAAGACUGAGCUGUGUGAGAACCCUGCUGCUGACCCGAUGAGUCAAGCAACCAAGAAAACAUAUGUAAGUUACAACAACCUCAGGAUCUGAUCUGCUUGAAAGCGUUUGUCCUUUAUCUGGGCUGGAAAAGGGAGGGGAGCUCGAGAGGAACAGAGAAGGACAGGGAAUGAAGAGCGAGCGCAGGCAUCCCAGCACCACCUGCAGUACCUAUGCACUCCAGGACUGUGGAUACCAUCCAACCUUCAUCCAGACAUGACACGCGAGUUCUGACUCUCCCACAGCUGUAGGCCAGUGUGGCUGGGUCAGCCUCACGAACCAAACUGUUAGGUUUUAAAUGUGUUGUGGCCCCCUUCUCUCUGACAGAGAACUUGCCUGCUAAAAGGGGUCACUGUGAACAAGGAUGACCGCAUAAAAGAAAAAAGAAUAAAAAAAAAAAAAAGGGACAGUGGAUCUGAUUUCAAGAUACUUUCUUUUGAAAUGUCAUUAAAGCCAUAUUCUAUUGGGGUUCCCAUUAUCUGAUUUCUGUUUUGUAUUGUUUUUGAGUGAUUUUCAUCUGUGCCUCUUUUUCUUGCAGUUGAUUUAAUUACCUUGAACAGCAAGCUCUGCCACAUACAGUAUUUUGUUUUACCAACACAAAUCAGUCCCAGAUGAUUAUUAUGUUAGAGUGAUGGGCAUUGUAAGUAUAUUUUUUGUAAAUAUUUGAGAGUAUUUUCAUGUUUGGAGUACAAAAAAAAAAAAUAGAUAUCCAGUCUUUGUUCAGUUGGAUUUGGAUGGUAAUGAAAAGCACCACAAAGUUUUCACUUUGCAUGUGCCAAUGUAUGUCUGUCCUAUUUGAUGUAAACAAAAAAAAGAAAAAAAAAAAGAAAAAGAGAAAUAAAUUCUGAAAAUGAUAAUGAGCCUCAG